AAUCAAGGAAGAACUGUGGGUAGAGAGGGCUUACAGAAAGAAAUAGAAGACAGGUAGAGGGAGAGGCAGAGGCGUCGAGCUUGUGGGUAAGGCGGUUGGCCUUGGCCUGGCCUGCUCGAUAUACAGUGUCAGUCGUUAUAGGCUUAGAGGCAGCUCAAGACCUUGAAAGACGAGAAGCCCAAACUAGAACUCAAAGAAGCAGCUGAAGAAAGAAGACGAGUGAUGGCGUCGAGCUGCCUCUCAACGCUGGGUAGUGUACCUCCUUCUUGGAGUGGUUGGUCGAGUUGGAGAAAGCAAUUUCCUUUAGCCUCAGCAAGCUCGUCAUCUUCAUCCUCUGCUUCAUGGUUCGAUUCUCGACGGCUUCGGAGGACCCAGGUGGUGUGUAUGGCCCCAGAUGAGGAGAAACUCACUCGCCGCAACCCUCUCGAUUUCCCAAUUGAGUGGGAGAGGCCUAAGCCAGGGCGUAGACCUGACAUCUUCCCCCAGUUCAGUCCUAUGAAAACACCUUUGCCACCUCCAAUGCCAUAUGACCCUCCCGAAGAAGACGAAGACGAGGAGGAGAAGAAGGAGGAAGAAGAAGAGGAGCAAGAGCAAGAGGAGGAAUCUCCUGAGAAGAUUGACCCAGAUAAGAACAAUAUUUAAUCUGUCUCUGCACUCUGGUUAAAUCUGGAUUGCUUCCUUUUUGUUUUACCUUCACUUUAAAGGUCCACUCAAUUGAUGGUCUUCUACUUGUAGUGUUUCUGUAGGUCUAAGUGCUCUCCGGCCCACUGUAUGAGUUCAACGGAUUAUGCUAUGUUUAAUGAGUUAUUUGGUAUUGAAAUUGAAUGUUAAUUGUUUUUGGAUGAAAUGUGUACCCUUUACUCGAAAA